GUCCUUAAUACUCCUAUCGCGUUGGCCUAGCUCUGAGAUAAUGAACACCACACGUUGCAUCUUGGCUUUGUUGCUCUGCCUCACUCAGGCUAUGUCUGGCUGCUACUGCCAGGGCACACUCAUUGAAGAAAUAGAAAAUCUGAAGAAAUAUUUUAACUCAAGUAGCUUAGAUGUCGUGAAUGGAGGGGACCUCGUCUUUAAUAUCUUGACGAACUGGCAAAAGGCUGGUGACACAAAAAUCAUUGAGAGCCAGAUCGUCUCCUUCUACUUCAAACUCUUUGAAGCCUUGAAGGACAACCAGGCCAUCCAGAGGAGCAUAGACACCAUCAAGGCAGACCUGUUUGCUAACUUCUUCAACAGCAGCAUGGAGAAACUCAAUGACUUUGUGAAGCUCACCAAGAUUCCGGUAAAUGACCUUCAGGUUCAGCGGAAAGCUGUCAAUGAACUCAUCAGUGUGAUGCCUCACCUGUCACGAAAACUUAGCCUAAGGAAACGGAAAAGAAGUCGGUGCUGUUUUGGGGGUGGAAAUCGUCCCAACAAGAAUAUUCUUGCCAGCAAUAUUUGAAUUUAAAACUUAAACCUAUUUAUUAAUAUUUAACAUUAUUUAUAUGGAAAUUUAUAUUUUUAGAAUAACCAACCAAAGAAGUAUUUAUGAUAGCAACUUUUCUGUGAUGAAAAUGAAUUUCUAUUAAUAUAUAUAUGUUAUUUAUAAUUUCUGUAUCCUCAACUAUCUCACCUGACCAUUUAUUG